AUGUCCAGCCCACAAAUGCUCAGCACCUCCUCAGUGCCUCCUGUGUCCAGCCCACCCCAAUGCCCAGCAGUUCCCGUGCCCCGUGCCCCGAAAGCCCUGAGCUGCAGCCCCGCCUUGCAGUUUGUACGGGUGCUGAGCGGAGUGGCCCCAUCUGUGCUCUUUGAUCUGCUGCUUGCUGAGUGGCACCUGCCGGCCCCCAAUCUGGUGGUGUCCCUUGUGGGCGAGGAGCAGCCUUUCACCAUGAAGUCCUGGCUGCGGGACGUACUGCGCAAGGGGCUGGUGAAGGUGGCUCAGAGCACAGGUGAGCCCCCACCCUCACGGCAGCCCGAGGCCCUGACUCUCCACCCCACCUGGCACGGGCAGCGCUCCCACCCCACGCGGCAGCCCGAGGCCCUGACUCUCCACCCCACCUGGCACGGGCAGCGCUCCCACCCCACGCGGCAGCCCGAGGCCCUGACUCUCCACCCCACCUGGCACGGGCAGCGCUCCCACCCCACACGGCAGCCCGAGGCCCUGACUCUCUGGACCAUCAGGAGAACAUUUCCCAAAACUGCCCACCUGUCCUCUGCAGUACCCACAGGAGCCUGGAUCCUGACCAGUGCCCUCCACGUGGGCCUGGCCCGGCAUAUCGGGCAGGCCGUGCGCGACCACUCGCUGGCCAGCACAUCCACCAAGGCCCGUGUGGUUGCCGUCGGCAUGGCCUCUCUGAGCCGCGUCCUUCACCGCCGCAUUCUGGAGGAGGCCCAGUGUAGUGUGUAUGGCCUGGCAGGGAGGAUCCCGCAGCAGGACCCAAGCUGCCUCCCGAGGGCUCAGCCUCGUCUCCCUGAAUGGGCACAGGAGGAUAUUCCUGUCCACUACCCCGAGGAUGACGGCAGCCAGGGGCCGCUCUGUUCGCUGGACAGCAACCUCUCCCACUUCAUCCUGGUGGAGCCAGGCCCCCCGGGGAAGGGCGAUGGGCUGACGGAGCUGCAGCUCAGACUGGAGAAGCACAUCUCGGAGCAGAGGACAGGCUAUGGGGGCACUGGCAGCAUCGAGAUCCCUGUGCUCUGCUUGCUGGUCAAUGGUGAUCCCAGCACCUUGGAGAGGAUCUCCAGGGCCGUGGAGCAGGCUGCCCCGUGGCUGAUCCUGGCGGGCUCGGGGGGCAUUGCCGAUGUGCUCGCUGCCCUGGUGAACCAGCCCCACCUCCUGGUGCCCAGGGUGGCUGAGAAGCAGUUUAAGGAGAAGUUUCCCAGCGAGCAUUUCUCUUGGGAGGACAUCGUUCGCUGGACCAAGCUGCUGCAGAACAUCACCUCACACCAGCACCUGCUCACCGUGUACGACUUUGAGCAGGAGGGCUCCGAGGAGCUGGACACAAUCAUCCUGAAGGCGCUGGUGAAAGCCUGCAAGAGCCACAGCCAGGAGCCUCAGGACUAUCUGGAUGAGCUCAAGCUGGCCGUGGCCUGGGACCACGUGGACAUCGCCAAGAGUGAGAUCUUCAAUGGGGACGUGGAGUGGAAGUCCUGUGACCUGGAGGAGGUGAUGGUGGACGCCCUGGUCAGCAACAAGCCCGAGUUUGUGCGCCUCUUUGUGGACAACGGCGCGGACGUGGCUGACUUCCUGACGUAUGGGCGGCUGCAGCAGCUUUACCGCUCCGUGUCGCCCAAGAGCCUGCUCUUCGACCUGCUGCAGCGGAAGCAGGAGGAGGCCCGGCUGACGCUGGCCGGCCUGGGUGCCCAGCAGGUCCGGGAGCCACCCACGGGGCCACCCGCCUUCUCCCUUCAUGAGGUCUCCCGUGUACUCAAGGACUUCCUGCAGGACGCCUGCCGAGGAUUCUACCAGGACGGACGGCCAGGGGGCCGCAGGAAGGCGGAGAAGGGCCCGGCCAAGCAACCCACAGGCCAGAAGUGGCUGCUGGACCUGAACCAGAAGAGUGAGAACCCCUGGCGGGACCUCUUCCUGUGGGCCGUGCUGCAGAACCGCCACGAGAUGGCCACCUACUUCUGGGCCAUGGGCCAGGAAGGUGUGGCAGCCGCUCUGGCUGCCUGCAAAAUCCUCAAAGAGAUGUCGCACCUGGAGACGGAGGCCGAGGCAGCCCGAGCCAUGCGCGAGGCGAAGUACGAGCAGCUGGCCCUGGACCUCUUCUCUGAGUGCUACAGCAACAGUGAGGACCUCGCCUUCGCCCUGCUGGUGCGCCGGAACCGCUGCUGGAGCAAGACCACCUGCCUGCACCUGGCCACCGAGGCUGACGCCAAGGCCUUCUUUGCCCACGAUGGCGUGCAGGCCUUCCUGACCAGGAUCUGGUGGGGGGACAUGGCUGCGGGCACGCCCAUUCUGCGGCUGCUAGGAGCCUUCUUCUGCCCCGCCCUCGUCUAUACCAACCUCAUCACCUUCAGUGAGGAAGCCUCCCUGAGGACAGGCCUGGAGGACCUGCAGGAGCUGGACAGCCUGGACACGGAGAAGAGUCUGCUGUACGGCCUGCACAGCCGGGUGGAGGAGAUGGUAGAGGCGCCGAGGGCUCAGGGUGGCCGAGGCCCGCGUGCUGUCUUCCUGCUCACACGCUGGCGGAAGUUCUGGGGCGCUCCCGUGACUGUGUUCCUGGGGAAUGUGGUCAUGUACUUCGCCUUCCUCUUCCUGUUCACCUAUGUCCUGCUGUUGGACUUCAGGCCGCCCCCCCAGGGACCCUCAGGGCCCGAGGUCACUCUCUACUUCUGGGUCUUUACACUGGUGCUGGAGGAAAUCCGGCAGGGCUUCUUCACAGAUGAGGACACACACCUGCUGAAGAAGUUCACACUGUAUGUGGGGGACAACUGGAACAAGUGUGACAUGGUGGCCAUCUUCCUGUUCAUCGUGGGUGUCACCUGCAGGAUGCUGCCCUUGGCGUUUGAGGCUGGCCGCACAGUCCUCGCCAUGGACUUCAUGGUGUUCACACUGCGGCUGAUCCACAUCUUUGCCGUACACAAGCAGCUGGGCCCCAAGAUCAUCGUGGUGGAGCGCAUGAUGAAGGACGUCUUCUUCUUCCUCUUCUUUCUGAGCGUGUGGCUUGUGGCCUAUGGCGUCACCACCCAGGCGCUGCUGCACCCCCACGACAGCCGCCUGGAGUGGAUCUUCCGCCGGGUGCUCUACCGGCCUUACCUGCAGAUCUUUGGGCAGAUCCCACUGGACGAGAUCGAUGAAGCCCGUGUGAACUGCUCCACCCACCCACUGCUGCUGGAGGACUCGCCAUCCUGCCCCAGCCUCUACGCCAACUGGCUGGUCAUCCUCCUGCUGGUCACCUUCCUGUUGGUCACCAACGUGCUGCUCAUGAACCUGCUUAUCGCCAUGUUCAGCUACACGUUCCAGGUGGUGCAGGGCAACGCAGACAUGUUCUGGAAGUUCCAGCGCUACAACCUGAUUGUGGAGUACCACGAGCGCCCCGCCCUGGCCCCGCCCUUCAUCCUGCUCAGCCACCUGAGCCUGGCCCUGCGCAGGGUCUUCAAGAAGGAGGCGGAGCACAAGCGGGAGCACCUGGAGAGAGACCUGCCUGACCCCCUGGACCAGAAGGUCGUCACUUGGGAGACAGUGCAGAAGGAGAACUUCCUGAGCAAGAUGGAGAAGCGGAAGAGGGACAGCGAGGGGGAGGUGCUGCGGAAAACCGCCAACAGAGUGGACUUCGUUGCCAAGUACCUCGGGGGGCUGAGGGAGCAAGAAAAACGCAUCAAGCAUCUGGAGUCACAGAUCAACUAUUGCUCGGUGCUCGUGUCCUCUGUGGCUGACAUGCUGGCCCAGGGUGGCAGCCCCUGGACAGGCUCUCGACACCGUGGCGGGGGAAGCCGGCUGGUGGCCUCUGACCACAGAGGGGGUUUAGAUGGCCAGGAACAACCCGGGGCUGGCCAGCCUUCCUUGGACACCUAAGCUGCUUGGCCUGCCAUAUGUGGGGCCACCUCACCUCAGCAGGCCACCCUGGGUCUUGUGCACUGACCUUUGCUGACCUCCAGCGGAACCCCCAGGGGGCAGCAGACCCCCCAGCAGACAACGGCCCUCCUGGUGCCUCACCAGACCCUCACCCAAAGGAACCGCUCCUUGUCCCUCCCGGCCUCCCUGGGGGCACCACAGUGUCAUGGGGCUGUCUACCCUGACAGGCACAACUCCCCGGGCAGAAAACGUGCCCCACCGUAACCCUACCUGGAAACUGACCAGCCUGCACUGCAGAAAAGCUGGCCCUGCGGUGCGACGGGGGAGCACCCCCAUCCAGACUGAGCAGCUGCUGUGGGGUCUGCACCCACCCCUGCCCUGACUUGUGUUGCCUGACAAGAGACUCAUCUUUUUUUGAAACACUA